AUGAAAAAAGAAAUGAGUGAAAGACCCUCUAUAAAUGAUAUUUUAAGCCAAAAUUUUGUGAUUGAAAAAGUAAAUACUUUGGGGAUCAAAAUUCCUUCGCUUUCUAUUGUAGAACGUCUCAUGAGAAGCAAUAGGAGUAGCUUUGAAGAGGAAAAAAGCAUUUCCUAUAGCAAAGCUAGCUCUGCAAGUGAUUGCAGUGAGCUUUUAUUUAUAAAAUUGUAUACCAAUCAGCUCUUUGCGGUAAGUUUGAAUUCAAGAGAAUGCACAAAAUUGUUUGAUUUAUCUAUUGAUUUAUUUUCCUAUGGAUCCGCAUACAUCCCUGAUAGCCAAUCGACAUUUUUCUAUGGAGGAUACACCAAUGGUAGAACUACAGGUAUAGCAUUCAUAGUUGAUAAGGACAAAAAUUAUAUUGAACUCUCUUCAGGUGCAAGCACUCAUGGGGUUGGUUUAGCCUAUCAUAGAAAUUUUGUAUAUGCAUUUGGAUGUCAUAAUCAAAUAGUAUCAGCUAAAUACAAUUUAUUAGCUAAUAGAUGGGAACCAUGUGAGAUUCUCCCAAGAGGAGGAGAAUAUACUGAUGCUUGCACUGCUGUAUUUCGAGAUAGCGUUCUAAUGGUCGCUUGAUACUUUUCUAAGCUGCUAAGCUACGAUAUAAGGCAGAAUUGCUUCCAAGAAAUCUCAGACCUUAAUUUGAGCGGUCUCCUUCGCAAGGAGAUUUUUUCAUAUGAAAAUAGAGUUUAUAUAUGUGAGUUCCUAGGGAGCACUUAUCAAAGCGCGAUAAACGAUGCUACUGCAUGGGAAAAGGUUGCAGGAAAUACAGCCUCCAAUUUUGCUAUUAUCUCUCAUGCUAUGAAAUUCGCUGAAAACUUCUAUUUCGUUAGGAAUCAAGGAUCGGACCUGCCUAUGCUAGUAGAAUUCAAUCUCAAAAAAAAGAGGCUGCUCCACGUUAAAGAGCUAUAG